AUGGACGAUAACCCAGCACUCAGCAAGACUUGUUGUGUUACAGUCGAGGAAGUCGAAGAUGAAGAUGGGAUGUCGUUCACCAAUAAUGGCCGAUAUUUUGAACCUCGGACGGAUGCUGGCUGGGCACUGCAUGAGGGGGAGACGAGUUUUGAAAAAUAUAGAACAUACCAAGAGGAAGAGGGUGAUGAUCCAUGGUCGCCUUUUGAGGACAAGGAAGAGUGGGAUCUGGCUCACUGGCUUGUCAAGAACCUUGGUCAGAUGCGGACUGAAGAAUUCCUGAAACUGCCCAUAACACAAAACCGCAGCAAACUUUCAUUUCAUAACAACCACUCAUUCUUGCAGCGCGUGGAUAAACUUCCACGCGGGCCAGGAUGGACUUGUAAAAAGGUGACUGUGCGUGGAAACUGCGAGGAUGAUAAAGGCGAAAUGUUGCAAGAAGAUGUUGAAUUGUGGAGCCAGGACCCUGUAGAAUGCGUGAAAGAGCUCAUUGGCAAUCUGGCCUUCAAAGAACAUAUGGCGUACUCACCUGCCAAAGCAUAUGCAGACCGUGCGGGGCAACAUAGAGUCAUUGACGAGAUGUGGACAGCAGACUGGUGGGGCGAGAAACAGAACACCUUGCCAGAGGGUGCAACAAUAGCACCAAUCAUUCUAUCUUCAGACAAAACAUCGUUGUCGCAGUUCCGAGGGGAUAAGUCGGCAUGGCCAGUGUACAUGUCCAUUGGAAACAUCGCUAAAGCAAAAAGGCGCCAAGCAUCAGCACGAGCAACCGUUCUCAUUGGUUACUUACCAGCUAGCAAACUUGACUGUUUCACCCCCGAUGCACGCUCCUUGGCUGGAUACUGCCUCUUCCACCAUUGCAUGGCUCUACUGCUCCAACCUCUCAUCGGUGCUGGAAACGACGGUGUCGAAAUGGUGUGUGCGGACUUGUGGGUUCGUCGUAUCUACCCAAUUCUUGCAGCGUAUGUCGCCGAUUUCCCGGAACAGUGUUUGUGCCUUGUAGCUGCAAAUGAGCGAGGGGAUGCACUUAACUCAGCAAUGCGUGAUCCAGAGUCAACAAAAGAAAUCUUGCACAAGCACAAGAUUGGUCAGCAUCCUCCAGAAUUUGAGGCCAAUGGUCUACGCGCCGUUUACAAGCCUUUCUGGGCUGAUCUGCCUCACGCAGACAUUUUUCUAGCUUUCACACCUGACCUUCUGCAUCAACUUCACAAAGGUGUCUUCAAAGACCACCUUGUGAAGUGGUGCAUUGAUAUUAUCGGGGAGGAUGAGAUCGACGCACGUUUCAAGGCGAUCCCGAAUUAUCCUGGCCUUCGACACUUCAAGAAAGGGAUAUCGAGUGUGAAGCAGUGGACAGGGUGUGAACAUAAAGAGAUGCAGAGAGUAUUUGUUGGCUUAUUGAGCGGGGCAGUAUCUAGUCGUGUUUUGGUGGUUGCACGAUCUAUUCUUGACUUCUCGUAUCAUGCCCAGCUGCACAUUCAGAUGACUGAGUCCCUCGAAGCCCUACAAACCGCCCUGACUGUAUUUCACGCAAAUAAAGACAUCCUCAAAGAGCUUGCUCUCUCUCAUUAUGUGCAGUCCAUCACGUUGUUAGGCACAGCUGACGGCUUUAACACCGAACUUCCCGAGCGCUUGCACAUUGAUUUCGCAAAGGAUUCAUACCGUGCUAGCAAUAAACGGGACUACGAGGAACAAAUGGCUUUCGCAUACCUGGAUUGGUUGUCACAACAGCCUCACUCAAACCCACAUGACUUUGACGCAGAUUCAGACAUGGACUCAGAGUCGGAAACACCAAAUCUUCCUGCCGCUGAACCACUUCAAGCAAGCCAUGUCCUUGCAAAAGUCCCUGCGCAUCCUCACCAAUCCGUUCAAACCAUCAUAACAGCACACGGUGCUACUGAGUUCCUCCCUGCUCUCCGAUCAUUCUUACUCAAGAAUCUCCUGCACAACACCAUAGUCCCUGUGGUGAUUGUGACACUGCCAGAUUUACGAGUUAGCGAUGUGCCAAAGCGAAGGCGCAUCAGAGCAACUCCAGAAAAGUUGCCAUCAGGCCGGAAGCCUGGUACUCCAGCCCAGUUUGACAUGGUGUUGAUAGCAGACAGGCCUCGCUCUUCGCAUUUGCAUACUCUUGAGGGUGUACGAGUAGCACAAGUUCACGCUAUUUUCACUCUACCUCACCAGUUCGGCGCAUAUUCCAGAGCCCUCGCUUAUGUCUCGCGCUCAACCCGCCAACUUCGCCGCAAUGCUGCUGUAAUCCACGUUGACGAAGUUGUGCGGCCGUGCCAUUUAAUACCGAGGAUGGGACAAUCAGUAGAUCUGAGGUUGAGAAGCGGAAAUGCAUACAAGGUGGCGAACAAUUUUUAUUUUAACGAGUUCAUUGAUGGCGAAAUGUUUUGCAGCAUGUGUUAUAAACCACGCUGA